AUUAAACUUUGAAUUGAUUCAAAUUAAAUUGGAUCGGAUCUCAAUUCAUAUAAAAUGUAAGUGAAUUUAAUUAAAGUGCUUCGAGUACUCAAAUAUGCUAAAAUCGAUAUGUCCAGAAUUCCGGGUGUCCUUACAUGCGGCUGUUCGUAACAAAGACUGCGUUUAGGCCAACAUUUUGGCCGCCCAUUUUCUCUGUUCCUCUGACCCUUCUAAGGCUUCUUCACGUAUAGAAGCUGCCAAGUAUAGGCUUCAGGAGCAGGCCACCUCUCAUGAGAAAGCCGUUGUUGAGGCUAUCAAUUGUUUGAUUUCUGAGAAUAGAGAUGAUGACGUUGCUGUUACACUCUAAGCUCUUGAACGAUUUUCCAACAGAUCUUGUUUCAUUGAAGAGGGCGCAAGUACUGUGCUUUUAUAUGAGUCGACCUGAUCUGUCUUUAGGUCUUGUCCAACAGGCGACCUUCUAUCCUGUAAAGAAUUAUUUUUCCUCAUUCUUAAAAGAAGUGGGGAAAUAGGUUAACCAACAAAUGGUGGCAUGUGGCUCUUUGUUAUUUGGAAGGUCAUUCUCAAAUUAUAAAGGUCAGAGAAGUUUCUGACCAUUGUAUAUGGAAGUGUGUGUAGAGGUGUACGUAAAUGCUUUAGGUCUGUUGUUGCGGGUGGAUGUACGGGGAGAACUUGAUGUCUUUGAGGAUCGCUUGAAAAUUUUGGCAGCAUGUCUAACAGAUCAAGCUAGCUGGUUUAUGGAGUGGCACCUUGAUUUGUUGAUAUUAUGGGCCUUAGCUUUUACCAGGGAAUUUUCUAAAGCAGAAGAUUUACUAAAAGGCUUGAAAUUCAGACUUUCAACGAUGUGGAAGAAGAAGCGACAAGUAAUUCAAGGAGCAAUGGUGGUCUGUUCUGAUUUUUGCUUCCUUUGGCAUUUAUAAUGAUUUUUCUUUUAUUGAUGUAAGGAAUUUUUUCAAUCUAUUUAAACUUUUAUGCUAUUAUUGAUAAGCAACAUGUAUCCAUCCUACCAUAUAACUUUCAUUGAACUUUAUAGAGGGCCUGAGGUCUUAAUAUGUGUUUGAAGCAGUUAAGAAUUUUGGUAUUACCUUCACAAGGGACUGUAGCACCUAUUCAGAUAUUGAAAGAUAAUUCUCUUUAUUUUCUUUCUCAACGUUUUUAGGUCGAUUAGAAAAUGUUGAUGGCUUUAGGAUUUGUAUCUAUUAUAUUAAUGCAGCCUCAGUUGUGAGUAGUGUCGUUGUUUUUACUUCAAGAUUUGACCGUUUAUCGAGAUCUAGUUUAUUUAUAAUGCUUGUUCUUUUUCUUUCAACAAGUAUUUCUCCUUAUUUGUCCUUCUGUCUGUCUGAAUUUUCAUUCGUAGCUUGCAGAAGCCAUAUUCGAGUAUGGACAAGGUGAUGAAAAAGGAGCAGUAGAAAUACUUGACCCAACGCUUAUAAUUGUAAGGUACUAUUAUUAACUAUUAAUCAGUUUGUUGGUAAUUCCGGUUGCAUUGUCAAAUAUUUGGUGAAUAAUAUUGAUUCUUGUUUCUGUAUGUCAGAUGAUUGGGGCAUCUGAUGAACAGCUUGAUGUAUUUAAUGAAGUCUAGUACAGUAUGUUGCUGAAUACUGGACAAGUUACUAAAGAUAGGACUCCUAAUCUUGUUGAAAGUUAUGUAUAGUUAUUUAUGGUAAUUGGUUUCUGACUCGUUUUCUGAAUUGCAGCAAUUGAAUCAAUUCAGCAACAGAUCCAGAAGAGGGGAAGGAGCUCCUUUCCUGUGGCGUUUGCUGGUAUAUAUAUAUAUAUAUGGCUGUUUGCUAUGCAUAUUUAAACAUGACAUUUUGGCAUAUUAAUGCAUGUAUAUUCUUUUUAUCUGAUGUUAAGGAGAAAGGUUAUAGUCUGAGUGGCAGGCAGGAAGCUGCAACUGUUGGUGAGAAGGCCAGAGUGUUGGAAGCUGCGUAUUUCACCUAGCCUGUCUGAGCAUGGCUAGCUCUAUAUAAUAAUUCAUGUGCUUUCGUUUUAAUAAGAGGUCGAAUUAUCUGAUACAAAGAAACUAGAAGGUAAUCUGUCCUGUAAAUUACAUAUUUAAGUCAUGUGAUAAAAUGGAUGCACCUUAAAUUAGUGCAAGUUGC